UUAAUUUAAAAAAUUUAAAAUUUGCAAUAGGAAAAGUUCUCUAACUCUUUGUAUCAGUUCUGACGGGUUUGCAUUCCGCUUAUAGGAUCUGGUUUUUCGACUUUCGUUUACCUACCCUCCCCCAUAUUUCACACGAAACAGGAAAUUUGCUAACUUUUGGCAUUAUUUGUCAGAAUGUUACGUUUAACGGUUAAACAAUCAAAUGCACUUCGUCCUAUCGUAAAUUCGGUAGGAUUCCGAGGCUUUCAUGCUAGUGCUCCUCGUGAGGCUACUUUAAAGGAACUUGAAAUAAGAUUGAAGUCCAUCCGUAACAUCGAGAAGAUUACGAAAACCAUCAAGACGGUUGCCCAGACAAAGUUGAACAGAGCUCAAAGAGCUAUGGAGUUGGCUAAGAAAUACCAAACAGUUUCUAAUGAAUUUUUUGAGGAGGCUGGAACCCAAGCUCCCAAAGAGGGAAAGACCCUUUUGAUCGCUUGUUCUAGUGACAAGGGUCUUUGUGGUGGUAUCCACUCUUCGAUCUCUCGUCUUGUCCGUAAGGAAAUGAUUGAUCCUAACGUUGAGCAAAACACCAGCCUUUGCGUUUUGGGUGAAAAGGUUCGUUCUCAGCUUUAUCGUUACUAUCCUGGUUCUCUCUACUUAACCUUUGCUCAUAUUGGUGGUGCCAGCCCUUCUUACGAAGAGGCUUUGCAAAUUUCUAGCAACAUUUUGGAGAAUGCAAAUGAAUUUGACAGAAUCGUUAUCGUCUACAAUAGAUUUGCCUCUGCCGUAUCUUUUGAAACUGUCAUGAAGAAUCUCUAUACUCGUCAAUCUAUCGCAGAAUCUCCUAACUUGUUUGCCUAUGAGGCUAGCAGCGAGGUUCAUCAACCUUUGAUGGAGUAUGCUUUUACCAAUGCUAUCUUCGCUGCUAUGGCUGAAGCCCACUGUAGUGAAAUGUCUUCCCGUCGUAACGCUAUGGAAAAUGCUAGCAAGAGUGCUGGUGAGAUGAUUAACAAGUUCUCCACUAUCUAUAACCGUCAACGUCAAGCUUCGAUCACCAACGAACUUAUUGACAUUGUUACUGGUGCUAAUGCUUUGGGAUAAGCUACACAAGCUCCGUACGCUGGAUACAAUAUCCUAGUCUUACUUUUACUGGCACACUGUCGCCUAGUGCGUGCUCAAGACUCUGUGAAGUUGUGUUGUGCUUCUAUCUUUUCCAAUUUUCAGCCUACGCUUAAUUACAAAUUACGCUUUAUAUAUCUGAUAAUGUUGUAGGUUCUAAACAAAGAUCUUUGUAGAAAGUAUAAUAACUAACAAC